AUGUGUUCAAUUAAUGAAAAUGAAAAACUAAUAAGUGCUAUGAGCGAUGCAAAUUGUGGACUAUUUGAGUUUACCAAUGAAGGUAAUUCUGUGGAAGUUGGAUUCUUAUGCUGGAUUCAGACUACACCAAGCACAGAGGAUAAAAUUAAUAAUCAAGAUUUAAUCAGUAAAAAAACUGAGAUAGUUUUAUUUUGGCCUAGUAAUAUGGAUGUGACGUAUGCUUCAGGUAUGGUUAAAAGAUGUAAAAAAAAAGAGAUGCAAUGGAUAAAAGUUUCAGCUAUACUUUUAGCACAAGGAAAUUGGAUUGAAAUGUGUGAAAAAAGAAAGUAUUAUAUAGCACAUAAUAAAAUAUCUCCAUGUCGCUCUAAACGUCAUGAAAGACAUAUUAUUUUAUCAGAAUCAACUGUCACCGAUAAAAAUAAAAUGGUAAUAAAAUAUUGA